AUGACGACUCAGUCAGAGAUUGCCCACACUCCCAACGAUCGUCCCCUGCACCACAAUGCACAGGGUAACGCUUGGGUUACGAGUCACUCCAUGAUCAUCAUGGUGGAGACAAGAGCCUCUGAGCUCGGGAUGUCAGUGAUGAAUGGUGUGGUGGGCAUUGCUUUCCUCACCCCUCGCCGCCCUUCGCACCUGCGCCACUCCAGCGGCUCGCACACUCCCGGCUCUCGCUACGAGGCUGGAUCACCUCGCAACCCCUUUCCCGGUCCUGGUUCUCAGUUCCGCCCUCGUCACGAAGCCGCCGUGUCGGUUCACACCCCUCCCGACGCCCUCCUCAACGGCGCACUCGUGGCCUCGGCCGAGCGGAUGCAUCGCGUGCGCGAGCAGCUGCAAUUACGAGAUUAG